AUGAAGCUGCUGCUGCUGCUCGCUCUGCUCUCAGGUGGUGAAGGUGUCAGCGACAGGAGCGUUGCCGGCCGAGUCGGUGGCAGCGUCACUCUAACGUGUCGCUAUGACAUGAAGGAUCACAAGCCGCUGUCAGUUUGCUGGAAUCGAGGAGACAUACCAUUGCGUAAAUGCGACAAUGAGCUCAUCGCAACAGACGGGCUCAGCGUGAGAGAGGACAGCAGAAGGUCCAGCAGGUAUCAGCUGCUGGGACGACUGGACCGGGGGGACGUGUCCCUGACCAUCCUGAAAGUCACAGAGUGGGACGCUGGACGAUACGGCUGCAGAGUGGACAUCCCCGGCUGGUUCAAUGAUGAAAAACAUCACUUUGACUUGACUGUUGACUCAGAUCCACAGACGACCACAUCAGUGACCUCAGAGACGUCCACACUGCAGACAACCGUCACACACACUGCAGGUCACAUGAACGCCACAGAAACCGUCCCGACUUCCUCCUUUAGCAGCAUCAUCAGAUGUGUCAUGUUCGGGUUAUUAGUGUUGGUCACAGCGGGCGGAGUCGUCGUCCUCGUGAGAAAAUGGAUGCGACUUCACAAAGUGUGACACAAUACGAUGCCUGACAGAGGAAGCAGGAAGUGAGGUCACCAACCCCACAGAGCCAAUGGUGGCGCUGGUUCAGGUAGAAACCAGCAAGACGUGACCAGUAUGAUUCUCUUUAACCAUCAGAGGCUCCUGUCAAUAAAUAGAUUGAUCGUUAAAGCUCCAAGACGUAAACCA